GUUUCUUCGCCGGAACUUUACCGCCGGUCGUUCCAGCCGUGUGCCCACAGCCGUCCUUCGAAAACGGCAUUGGCAGCACAUGUGCGAAUCGGUCGGUUGGUGCGGAUUGCUGGGCAUACUGCCUCAAGGACUGGGUCGGCGCCGCGCGGAGAUAUGAGUGCCAGUUUGACGCAGCCAGCGGCACCGUGGAAAUCCAGCCGACAGGGGAGGGCAUCGCGUGCGAGCU